CCCUGCCGGCCCCUUGGCUCUUCACGCUGCGGGGAACAGCCCCUAAGGUCGGGGCUGGAGGAGCCUUUAACCAAGUGGCUGUCUGACCCCUUUAGCCUACAGAGGGGCAUACUGAGGCCGAGAGGCGUUAAAAAUGACCGGCCUGCGGUCACCCAGUUUCAGUUUAUUUCCCACGAAGUCUGGCUGACACCUUGGAGAUGUUCACAAGGAAACAAGUGAAGCAACUUCUGCUGAGGGUACCUGGAAAACAGCGCUUUGGUGUCUAUAGGUUUCUUCCUUUCUUCUUUGUUCUGGGAGGAGCAAUGGAGUGGUUUAUGAUCAAAGUCCGAGUUGGCCAGGAGACCUUCUAUGAUGUAUAUCGAAGAAAACAAUCAGAGAGACAGUACCAGAGAAAGCUGGAAGAAGAAUCUUAAGAAGCACAAAUGACGGAGCCUUAAUUUUCAACAAAAUAAGUAGCCUGAACUUACCUUAAUGAAUCUGUGAAUGUGAAAGGUUAUCACUGGGGUCCACCCAUCAUGUUAGAAGCCCACUCAUGGGUGCCCUCUAGUGGCCAGAUCACGGAUCCUUUAACCUCCUGGCCAAAACAUGUGAAGGUUUUUCUGACCCAGGUUAUUUUCCUACUUUUGAGUAUUUCUGCAGCAGUAUAAGGAUUCUUCAAGAGAGUUUUCAGGGCAUACUGAAUGAGAUGAAUGUGUUUUAGGUCAUUAGUAAUGAUCUUAAAUUACUGCUUUUUGCUGAAAUGCGAAAUAAAUCAAAUCAUGAAUAAGUA